AGAGAGUGCAGAAGCAUCCUCUCUUUUUUGGAUCUCUCAACACAUUAUAUUAAUACAUUUUUUAUUUAUAAUAAAAUAUUAUUGAUAAUAAUAAAAAGAAGAAACCCCUUUCCUCUCUUCAUCCUCUAUUCUUUCAAUUUGUUAUUAAUUCAUGUUUAAGUUUCUUGGAUCAUAGGCAUUUUCCCUUGAAAAUUUUCUUAAGUGGGUCAUAGGCAUUUUCCCUUGAAAAUUUUCUUUUUCUCUUUCUCUCUUGAAUUCUCCCAGCAGUAUGAGCAAGGUACGUGCCAAUUCAUCUCCUGAUUUACUCCCUCCAGCAGCAAAGGAUCGGCCAGAUGAUUCCAGUUUAGAAGGUAUUGCUGCAAACGUUAAAUUACUAUUAAAGUUGAUCCAAGAUCACAAUGAGGCCUGCAAUAAAGAUAUUGAUGACAGAAAAGUGCAAAGAGCGGCAGGAAUGAUGACCAUUCUUGACGAUGUUAAGACCAGGAUACAAAAAUCUCUCUCUAGUGGCAAGAAAAGGGAAGCUGAGCUAAGGCGUUGCAACACCGAUCUUAGGCCUCGUGAUGUUCCGAGGGACAAAAAGUCUGCAGAAACAGUAACUGAUGAGAAACAAAAGCUAAGGAAAGAGCUGAAUGCAAGCUUGGCAGCACGAAAGAGCCUCGAAAUAAUGUGUUCAAGCUUGGGGAAGGAGAAGGAGAUUAUGGCAACAGAGCUUGCCAAAAAGGUCCACGAAUUGAAUGAAAUGGAGGAACUCAUCAGUGACAUCAAAGCCCAAAAUGAGACAUUGUUGGCAAAAGUAAAAGCUUGUGCUGCAGAGCACAGAGAUAGGAAAAACAUGGGAGGGGAGACACAAGGGAAUGCAGCCCUGCAAGAGCGAAACAAAGCGCUUUCGGAGCAACUCCUUAAGUCGCUCGACGGGUAUCGAUCCUUAAAGAGGAAGUUCAAAGAGGCACAAGAGGAAAAUGCGGGAAUUCGAGCAGAAGUGGAGGAAAUGGGGGUGGAUGUGGCGGCUGGUCUUGACCAAAUCCACAGCUUCCACCAUCGAAUUACCGCAGGGAAUAAAAGGGCAUUGGAUAUUGAGGAGGAGAUUUCGGCUUUGGAGCAUAUGUUCGAGGGUUUCAACAGGAAGAUUUCAAAGCACGGGCAGAAGAAAAGUGAAUGUGUUAAACCAAAGGCUGAGAUCAGUACCAGUAAGCCUAGUUCUGUUCUUGCAUGAAAAGAAAAGGCGACUGCAAAUCAGAUGUAGAUGGUCUGGCUUUGACCAAUUUUAUGAAGGUAAAAAAAAAAUUAUUAUAGUUGGGAAUUAUAAAUAAAGGAAAAACAGUUGUAAAAGUAGAAGUGAUUAGUGAUGUUGCACGUUUGUUGUCCAUGUGCAACUUGCUAGUGCAGCUUUUUCUAGUCUAAAUUUACAUAUAUAUAUAUAUAUAUAUAUAUUUGCAAAAUUCCAUCAA